AUGAACGACUGUGUUACUACUGUAUCGGCAAUGUCGGUAAGUCUUCCGAAUGUACAAUGAUUUAAGAAUGUUUGUAAUGUAUUCCAAAUUUUGAAGGCAGUGGAUUAUAGGGGGACUUCGGGUCCUAGCAGCCUCAAGGGACGAAGUGACAUCGUAGUAAUGUAGUUUUUAAGGAUAUCAUAUGAAUCGAGGAAUCCGCAAUGGUCAGAGAAGACGGGUUCCUACAUAGAAAGUAAAACAUUCGAUCCUUAUAUAUAUUAGUUAACAUAGCAAUUAAUUUGUUACUUAAGUAAAUAAACAUUUAAUUAAGUAGCCAUUUAUACCCUGCUAGUUGCAGCAGUUCUUAGUCGCACAUUUUUUGUAUAUCUUUUCUCCUUACCGAAAAAGGAAAAUGUAAGGAUCCAUACAUUCAAGCGUCCGGAGAGGUUGAUUUUAUGGAGCGUUGCGGAAGAAAAAUAAGGUUCUUUAACUUUAAUGUAUGUCGUAGCAAACAGGAUCGAUUGCAGCGUACGGAUUCAUUGCUGAAUGACGAACUGGACGUGAACUGAUUAAACCUAACCUGUCGAUGUAAGACCCAAUUUUGAGCUGAAUUGUGGGUCCUUCUGGUUAACCAGGAUGAGUGGAGAAAGGGAAAAAUCUUUCCUUAAGAAACUUCUGACUGAUCGGCAAUUCAAAAUAAUUUCCCUUCUCGAACAGAAUCACUCGACACGUGAGCACCAAUCAUCCAAGAAAGUUCACGCAGAAGUUCAUAUAGAACUUUUCUGCUUGGUCCAUGGUCUUUUAUUGUUGAAUAUUGAGACCAAAUGCCAUAUGAUGAUUGAUUAUUCGCCAUUUGCGAUAUGUAAAUGCAUUGGAAAUUACUAUGAGGACUGCACAUACUCGUAUAUUGCUUGUCAUUUUCUUUCCUCUUCAUCUUUGCUUCCAAAAAUGAGUUGGGUUUUGGCGCGCUUAUAUUUGAAAAGACGAAUGAAGAGGAGUGCGUGACUAAAAAAACCGCUCAUUUGAUGUUGCCUUCUCACAGUCUCUGACGAUGGCCUCCUGUACGAGACCGAAAUCUCAAACUAAUAACCCACUGUCCAAGAGAUCGCAUCUUCAGCUUCUUUACAAAAGGAAUAAUGUGUUCCGCCAGAGUCGAUCAUGUCGACUGGAAGCCGCAAGGUCUAGACUGAUUUCGACGGUUUCCACCCUGCGACAAGAAAUCAGCCGGCUGUUUGAGGAAAAGAAGGAACAGAAAAGGCGGAACGCCAAUUUGGAAAUUGAGCUGCAUUUAAACCAACAGGCGGCUGUGAAGAAUUUGCGUGAAUUGGAGCGUUCCCAUGAAGCUGAAAAAAGAUUGGAGGAGGACAUAAUCAAGUGUAGAAUUGAAGUGGAGAAGCAGCAGCAUACAAUUCGUCAGCUAAAGGCAGAUCUAGAUGCUGAGAGAGAGUAG